ACUUUAUCAAUAAUUUCAAAGUUCAAAAAUCGGAUUGUUAUUCGUGAAGCAUUAUUUACGCUUUAGUAUUCCAAUGGACGGAUUUAAGAUCGCAGUUUUCGCAUUUAUUUUAUGGGGAUUCCAAAUAUGUAUUAUUCAAUGUCAGGAUUGUGAGAUACAACCAAAUUUUUCAGGAAAGGUAUUUUCGAAUGCCGCUGACUUUUCCACUCAGGAGAAAUGUUGGUUCAUUCCUGUUGUGGCAGGCCAUUAUAUUCAUUUAAAGCUUAAGAAUUUAAUUUCCAGCGCUGCAUGCAGAGAUGGCUAUGUGAGAAUAUUUAUUACAGGAACCGGUGACGAAUAUGAAUUUUGCAGCACAGAUAAAACCAAAAAUCCCAUCACAGCUUUUGGGAAUAUUACUGUGACUCAUGUAGCGCAGUACAUGGGAACAUCUUCGAGCUUUGAAUUAGAAUAUUCAGUUAGGUCUAUCGAAUGCAUAAACAAAAAUAGUUUCAAAUGCGAUGAUAAUUCAUGCAUUCCCGAAGAAGAAGUUUGUGAUGGUGUGAAAGAUUGCAAAAAUGGUGCCGAUGAAAUUGGAUGUGAGACUGGAGUGCUAUCUAUCGAAGGAGUUUUCGAGGCAAGAGAGAAGGCCGUUUCCUGGUUGAAACAAAAAAGAACGGCUGCCUGGGGUUGGAAAGAGAACACCUCCCGAGCUGUUGUAGCUCUGUAUUUGGCAUCGGCUGCUAGCUUCAAUAGUACUCUCCUUGAGGAAGAAUUGAUUGUAAAACAAAAUGAAGUCAAGACUACAGUUUCUCUAUUAAGACCAUCCCUGACAAACAGCGAGUUAAGCAUGUUCAUCAAUGCCCUCCUGGUCACAUGCCACAACCCCCGACAAUUCUAUGGUAACGACUUGGUGAAACGACUCAAAGAGCAAGUGGAGAAACCAGACAACUUCACGCACCCUUUGGCUUAUUUAACACUCUGCAAUGCCAAUGAACCCUGGCCUCUUAAAGCCAGAUCAGAUCUCAAUAGCAUUCUGAAUACUGAUUCGGAGUAUCCUUUUGUGAAAGAUCUUCAAGCAAUGGCUAUUAUGGCUUUAUCAUGCGAGGCGAACCGUAGCAGAAACAUCGAUCAUAUUCUCAAAAAUACUACUUUAUCCUUCUACAAGGAGACGAUUCAACAGUUUUUAAAGCUCCAAGCUACGGAUGGGAGUUUCGGAAAUGUCUAUACCACAGCUUUAAUAACGCAAGCCCUUCUUUCCAGUGGUCAAGAGCAAAGUGGUGACUGGAAACUGAAUUCAACAAUUAAGUACUUGAUGAAACAGGUUAACUCUUCUUCCGCAAAUUUCUUGGCGAUAUACUUGACUCUUCCUAUUUUGAAUGGAAAAAGUCUCAUGGAUAUCUCAAAUGUAAAUUGCUCUGCUAAUCCCCGGAAACUUGAGAAUGACUCUGUCUCUGAAAUUAGUGAUUAUUUGGGACCGAAGAUACGAGUGCAAUACUCUCUGUAUGUAGGGGACGAAAAGGACGUCAUUCAUACCAUUUCUCUCCUAGUACCAGAAAGUUACAGAGCUUCCGAAGUUAUGGAGUUGGCUGCAAUGGAAGAUCCGAAAUACAAGUUUGAAUGGAAAACCACAUCAGGGAAGAUGUACGUAUAUGAAAUAGCAGGCAUCACAAACGACCCCGAAGCAGGGAAAUUCUGGCUACUAUAUGUGGGCUCUGCCGACAGUACUAAGCCGUUAACUCAUUUAACAAAUAGCCCAGAUGAAAUUGUUAUGGCUGACGGAGAACAUCUUGUUUUAUGGUACAGAACAGCAACGAUUUGAUGGAUGGAAGAAUUAUGUAGUGUAAUAUGUUAGAAUUUAUUUUUCUUACUAAAUAGAAAGGAAUUUUCUAGAUGACAAAUUUACAAUAAAAGAAAUAACUGGUUGUAACAGACUGUUUAUAAUCUAUAUCGUGUAAAAUUGUAACAUCCAAAUUUUUGUGUUUUUUAUUCUAAUAAAACUAUUUUA